GAAAUCUGCGCGGCUGUCACGUCGGGAGUCUCCGCUCGCAGCGAGACUGAGCCGCGGGGAGGAAGAGGCCGAGGAGGACGCAGAGGGUCGGGAGAUCCAUGGCAGACACCGGCGUGGACACCGAGUCCACGGCCGGCGGCGGCGGAGGAGGAGCUCCUGGAGGUGCCGGGGGCAGCGCCGGACCGGUGCUGAACCUGGCGGACGAGGCCGUGCUGCAGAAGCACGUGCGCCGCCUGGUGCCCCUGCUGCUGGAGGAUGGAGGCGAGGCCACCGCGGGCCUGGAGGCCUCCCUCUCGGAGCGCCACUGCCUGGAGCAGCUGCGGAAGUUCAUCAGCGAGCCGCAGGCGCGGGCCCUCCUUGUGGAGCGCACUGCGCCCAAAGAGGAUGUUUCUGACGAGGGAGAGGACAAAGACGCUGUCACCUACAACAUCACCAUCGACAUCCACUACGGAAUCAAGUCGAGCAGCCUGGCACUCAUCAAGCGCGGCGGCGUGCUGGACGCCGACAAGCCGAUGGCGUCGCAGCUGCGCGUGAUGACGUUCAGCGAGGACUCGCCCUACGAGACGCUGCACGCCUUCGUCAGCUCCGCCGUGUCGCCCUUCUUCAAGUCCUACAUCAAGGAGUCCGGCAAGGCCGAGAGGGACGGGGACAAGAUGGCGCCGUCGGUGGAGAAGAAGAUCGCCGAGCUGGAGAUGGGCCUGCUGCACCUGCAGCAGAACAUCGACAUCCCCGAGAUCAGCCUGCCCAUCCACCCCACCGUGAGCGCCGUGCUGCGCCACAGCGCCGAGCGCGGCGACCGCGCCAAGGUGUCGGACUUUGGGGAGCGAGUGGAGGACGCCACGUACCUCAACCAGCUGCAGUCCGGCGUCAACCGCUGGAUCCGCGAGAUCCAGAAGGUGACAAAGCUGGACCGCGACCCGGCGUCAGGCACGGCGCUGCAGGAGAUCAGCUUCUGGCUGAACCUGGAGCGGGCGCUCUACCGCAUCCAGGAGAAGCGCGAGAGCCCCGAGGUGCUGCUCACACUCGACAUCCUCAAGCACGGCAAGCGCUUCCACGCCACCGUCAGCUUCGACACCGACACCGGCCUGAAGCAGGCCCUGGAAACGGUGAACGACUACAACCCGCUCAUGAAGGACUUCCCGCUCAACGACCUCCUGUCGGCCACGGAGCUCGACCGCAUCCGCGUGGCGCUGCUUGCCAUCUUCACCCACCUGCGCAAGAUCCGCAACACCAAGUACCCGAUCCAGCGCGCCCUGCGGCUGGUCGAGGCAAUCUCGCGUGACCUCAGCGCGCAGCUGCUCAAGGUGCUGGGCACGCGCAAGCUCAUGCACAUCUCCUACGAGGAGUUCGAGAAGGUGAUGGUGGCGUGCUUCGAAGUGUUCCAGGCGUGGGACGACGAGUACGAGAAGCUGCAGGUGCUGCUGCGCGACCUCGUCAAGCGCAAGCGCGAGGAGAACCUCAAGAUGGUGUGGCGCAUCGGCCCCGCGCACAAGAAGCUGCAGGCGCGCCUCGAGCAGAUGCGCAAGUUCCGUCGCCACCACGAGCAGCUGCGCGCCGUCAUCGUCCGCGUGCUGCGCCCCCAGAUGGCGCCCACCAUGUCUCAGCCGCCGCCACCGUCGCAGCAGCAGCAGCAGCAGCAGCCGCCCGGCCCCGAGGCGGCCGAGCCGGCGGACCCGAAGGCGGGCGAGGCGCUGUUCGACGCGGCCGACACGAGCGCCAUCGAGGAGGUGAACCUGGCCUACGAGAACGUGAAGGAGGUGGACGGGCUGGACGUGUCCAAGGAGGGCUCGGAGGCGUGGGAGGCGGCCAUCAAGCGCUACGAGGAGCGCAUCGACCGCGUGGAGACGCGCAUCACGGCGCGUCUGCGCGACCAGCUGGGCACGGCCAAGAACGCCAACGAGAUGUUCCGCAUCUUCUCGCGCUUCAACGCGCUCUUCGUGCGCCCGCACAUCCGCGGGGCCAUCCGCGAGUACCAGACGCAGCUCAUCCAGCGCGUCAAGGACGACAUCGAGGCCCUGCACGACAAGUUCAAGGUGCAAUACCCGCAGAGCCAGGCGUGCCGCAUGAGCCACGUGCGCGACCUCCCGCCCGUGUCGGGCUCCAUCAUCUGGGCGAAGCAGAUCGACCGGCAGCUCACGGCGUACAUGAAGCGCGUGGAGGACGUGCUGGGCAAGGGCUGGGAGAACCACGUGGAGGGCCAGAAGCUGAAGCAGGACGGCGACUCGUUCCGCGCCAAGCUGAGCACGGCCGACAUCUUCGAGGAUUGGGCGCGCAAGGCGCAGCAGCGCAACCUCGGCGUGUGCGGCCGCAUCUUCGCCAUCGAGAGCACGCGCUCGCGCACGCGCGCCGGCACCGUGCUGCGCCUCAAGGUGAACUUCCUGCCCGAGAUCAUCACGCUGUCCAAGGAGGUGCGCAACCUCAAGUGGCUGGGCUUCCGCGUGCCGCUCGGCAUCGUGAACAAGGCGCACCAGGCCAACCAGCUGUACCCCUUCGCCAUAUCGCUCAUCGACAGCGUGCGCACCUACGAGCGCACGUGCGAGCGCGUCGAGGAGCGCCAGAGCAUCGCGAUGCUCGUGGCGGGCCUCAAGCGCGAGGUGCAGGCGCUCGUGGCCGAGGGUAUCGGCCUCGUGUGGGAGUCCUACAAGCUGGACCCCUACGUGCAGCGCCUCGCCGAGACCAUCCUCAACUUCCAGGAGAAGGUCGACGACCUCCUGAUCAUCGAGGAGAAGAUCGACCUGGAGGUGCGGUCGCUGGAGACGUGCGUGCACGAGCACCGCACCUUCCUCGAGAUCCUGAGCCGCGUGCAGAAGGCCGUGGACGACCUCAACCUCCACUCCUACUCCAACCUCUCCAUCUGGGUGCACAAGCUGGACAUUGAGAUUGAGAACAUCUUGGGCGCCCGUCUGGAGGCGGGGCUGGGCGCGUGGACGCAAGCGCUGCUGGGCCAGAGCGACGCCAAGGGGGACAUGGACACGGACGGGCCCCAGGGGGGUCACAAGCCGGGCGGGGAGCCACGCAUCAGGCCCAUCGUGCUGGAGUUCCGCAUCACGAACCAACUGAUCCACGUGGAGCCGCACCUCGAGGCGUGCCGGGUGCACCUGCAAGCGGAGCUGCACGCUUGGGAGAGCGUCACCGUCGCGCUGCCACGCAUCCAGAGCCAGCGCUACCAGGUGGGCGUGCACUACGAGCUGACGGAGGAGGAGCGCUUCUACCGCAACCUCCACACCAAGAUGCCGAGCGGCAACGCGGCGCGCGAGUGCGCACAGCAGGCCGUGCAGACGCUCAUGCGGCUCGUCGAGGCCUACGUGGAGGAGUGGCUGCGCUACCAGAACCUGUGGGACAUGCAGCAGGAGCACGUGUACGGCAGGCUCGGGGAGAACCUGACGCGCUGGCAGGCCGUGCUCAACCAGAUGCGCAAGUCCCGACUCACUUUCGACAACGCCGAGACGCACAAGGAGUUCGGUCCCGUCGUCGUCGACUACGGGAAGGUGCAGGCCAAGGUGAACCUCAAGUACGACUCGUGGCACAAGGAGGUGCUGAGCAAGUUCGGGCACCACCUGGGUCUCUUCAUGCAGGACUUCCACACCAACAUCUCUAAGUCGCGGCAGGAGCUGGAGCAGCACUCGGUGGACACGGCGAGCACAUCGGACGCCGUCACCUUCAUCACCUUCGUGCAGUCGCUCAAGCGCAAGAUCAAGAGCUUCGAGAAGCAAGUGGACCUGUUCCGCAACGGGCAGCGCCUGCUGGAGCGCCACCGCUUCCAGUUCCCGCCGUCGUGGCUCUACAUCGACAACGUGGAGGGCGAGUGGGGCGCCUUCAGCGACAUCAUGAAGCGCAAGGACGCCGCCAUCCAGCAGCAGGUGGCCAGCCUGCAGCUCAAGAUCGUGCAGGAGGACCGCGCCGUCGAGGCCCGCACCGGGGAGCUGCUCGCCGAGUGGGAGCGCGGGAAGCCCGUCGCCGGGAACCUGCGGCCCGAGGAGGCGCUGCAGACGCUCACGAUCUACGAGGGGAAGUUCGGGCGGCUCAAGGACGACCGCGACAAGUGCUCGCGCGCCAAGGAGGCCCUGGAGCUCACCGACACGGGCCUGCUCAGCGGCUCAGAGGAGCGGCUGCAGGUGGCUCUGGAGGAGCUGCAGGACCUCAAGGGCGUGUGGUCCGAGUUGCACAAAAUCUGGGAGCAGAUCGACCAGAUGAAGGAGCAGCCGUGGCUGUCGGUGCAGCCGCGCAAGCUGCGGCAGAGCCUGGACGGCCUCGUGAACCAGCUGAAGAACUUCCCCGCGCGCCUGCGCCAGUACGCGUCCUACGAGCACGUGCUCAAGCUGCUCAAGAGCUACCUCAAGGUGAACAUGCUGGUGAUCGACCUCAAGUCGGAGGCGCUGAAGGACCGCCACUGGAAGCAGCUGAUGAAGCGGCUGCGCGUGAGCUGGGUGCUGUCGGAGCUCACGCUGGGCCACAUCUGGGACGUGGACCUGCAGAAGAACGAGGCCGUGGUGAAGGACGUGCUGCUCGUGGCGCAGGGGGAGAUGGCGCUCGAGGAGUUCCUCAAGCAGAUCCGUGAGCUGUGGAGCGCCUACGAGCUGGACAUGGUGAACUACCAGAACAAGUGCCGGCUCAUCCGCGGCUGGGACGACCUCUUCAACCGCGUCAAGGAGCACAUCAACAGCGUGUCGGCCAUGAAGCUCUCCCCCUACUACAAGGUGUUUGAGGAGGACGCGCUGAGCUGGGAGGACAAGCUGAACCGCAUCCUGGCGCUGUUCGACGUGUGGAUCGACGUGCAGCGCCGCUGGGUCUACCUGGAGGGCAUCUUCACGGGCAGCGCCGACAUCAAGCACCUGCUGCCCGUCGAGACGGGCCGCUUCCAGAGCAUCAGCACGGAGUUCCUGGCGCUCAUGAAGAAGGUGUCCAAGUCUCCGCUCGUCAUGGACGUGCUCAACAUCCCCGGCGUGCAGCGCUCGCUCGAGAGGCUCGCCGACCUCCUCGGCAAGAUCCAGAAGGCGCUGGGGGAGUACCUGGAGCGGGAGCGAUCCUCAUUCCCCCGGUUUUACUUCGUGGGCGACGAAGACCUCCUGGAGAUUAUCGGCAACAGCAAAAACGUGGCCAAGCUGCAGAAGCACUUCAAGAAGAUGUUCGCCGGCGUUUCCAGCAUCAUCCUCAACGAGGACAGCUCCGUGGUGCUGGGGGUGGCGUCGCGCGAGGGGGAGGAGGUGCUGUACAAGACGCCGGUGUCCAUCGCGGAGCACCCCAAGAUCAACGAGUGGCUGACGCUGGUGGAGCGCGAGAUGAGGGUCACCCUGGCGCGGCUGCUCGCCGACUCCAUCGCCGACACGCAUGCCUUUGGGGGAUGCGUCGAUCCCGGCGCCUACCUCCAGUGGAUCGACAAGUACCAGGCACAGCUGGUGGUGCUGUCGGCCCAGAUCUCGUGGUCGGAGAGCGUGGAGGCAGCGCUGGCCUCGGCAGCGGCGGCGGCGUCGGGGCGGCCGGCCGUCGAGGGGGACGGCCGCUCCGACGAGGACGAGGCCGGCGCGGCGGCCGCGGCGGCGGCGCUGGGCGGCGUCCUCGCCACGGUGGAGGCGACGCUCACCGUGCUCGCCGACUCCGUGCUGCUCGAGCAGCCGGCGCUGCGGCGCAGGAAGCUGGAGCACCUGAUCACCGAGCUGGUUCACCAGAGGGACGUGACGAGGGCGCUGGCGCGGAACAAGGUCUCCCACCCCAAGCGCUUCGAGUGGCUCUCCCAGAUGCGCUUCAGCUUCGACCCCAAGCAGACGGACGUGCUGAAGCAGCUGUCUAUCCACAUGGCCAACGCCAAGUUCAACUACGGCUUCGAGUACCUGGGCGUGCAGGACAAGCUGGUGCAGACGCCGCUCACCGACCGCUGCUACCUCACCAUGACGCAGGCGCUCGAGGCCCGGCUGGGCGGCUCGCCCUUCGGCCCUGCUGGGACGGGCAAGACGGAGUCCGUGAAGGCCCUGGGCAAUCAGCUGGGCCGCUUCGUGCUGGUGUUCAACUGCGACGAGACCUUCGAUUUCCAGGCGAUGGGCCGCAUCUUCGUGGGGCUGUGCCAGGUGGGCGCGUGGGGCUGCUUCGACGAGUUCAACCGCCUGGAGGAGCGCAUGCUGUCGGCCGUGUCGCAGCAGGUGCAGUGCAUCCAGGAGGCGCUGCGCGAGCACGCCAACCCCUGCCGCCUGCGCGAGUCGCCGCCCAUCACGUGCGAGCUGCUGGGCAAGCAGGUGAAGGUGAGCGCCGAGAUGGCCAUCUUCAUCACCAUGAACCCGGGCUACGCCGGCCGCUCCAACCUGCCCGACAACCUCAAGAAGCUCUUCCGCAGCCUGGCCAUGACCAAGCCCGACCGGCAGCUCAUCGCGCAGGUCAUGCUCUACUCGCAGGGCUUCCGCACGGCCGAGGUGCUCUCCAACAAGAUCGUGCCCUUCUUCAAGCUGUGCGACGAGCAGCUCUCCUCGCAGAGCCACUACGACUUUGGGCUGCGCGCCCUCAAGAGCGUCCUCGUCAGCGCCGGCAACGUGAAGCGCGAGCGCAUCCAGCGCAUCAAGCGCGACAAGGUGGAGCGCGGCGAGGUGGUGGACGAGGGCCAGAUCGCCGAGAACCUCCCCGAGCAAGAGAUCCUGAUCCAGAGCGUGUGCGAGACAAUGGUGCCCAAGCUGGUGGCGGAGGACAUCCCGCUGCUCUUCUCGCUGCUAUCCGACGUCUUCCCGGGCGUCCAGUACCACCGCGGCGAGAUGGGCGCGCUGCGCGACGAGCUGCGCAAGGUCUGCGCCGAGAUGUACCUCAUGUACGGCGACGGCGAGGAGAUCGGCAGCAUGUGGGUCGAGAAGGUCCUGCAGCUCUACCAGAUCACGCAGAUCAACCACGGCCUCAUGAUGGUGGGGCCCUCGGGCAGCGGCAAGUCGACGGCGUGGCGCGUGCUGCUCAAGGCCCUGGAGCGCCUCGAGGGCACCGAGGGCGUGGCCCACAUCAUCGACCCCAAGGCGCUGAGCAAGGACCACCUGUACGGCACGCUGGACCCCAACACUCGCGAGUGGACCGACGGCCUCUUCACCCACAUCCUGCGCAAGAUCAUCGACAACGUGCGCGGGGAACUGCACAAGCGGCAGUGGAUCGUGUUUGACGGCGACGUGGACCCCGAGUGGGUGGAGAACCUCAACUCCGUGCUGGACGACAACAAGCUGCUCACGCUGCCCAACGGCGAGCGCCUCAGCCUGCCGCCAAACGUGCGCGUGAUGUUCGAGGUGCAGGACCUGCGCUACGCGACGCUGGCGACGGUGUCGCGCUGCGGCAUGGUGUGGUUCAGCGAGGACGUGCUCAGCACCGACAUGGUGUUCGGCCACUUCCUCGCGCGCCUGCGCAGCAUCUCCCUGGACGAGGCCGAGGAGGAGGCGCAGCGGCGCCGCACGGGGGGGCAGGACCGCGACGACGAGGCACUGUCGCCCAUGCUGCAGAUCCAGCACGACGUGGCGGCGGUGCUGCAGCCGUACUUCACCUCGGGGGGCCUCGUGACGAAGGCGCUGGAGCACGCGUCGCGCCUCGAGCACAUCAUGGAGUUCACGCGGCUGCGCUGCCUCGGCUCGCUCUUCUCCAUGCUGCACCAGGCGUGCCGCAACGUGGCGCUCUACAACGCCAACCACCCCGACUUCCCCAUGCCCGCCGACAUGCUGGAGCGCUACGCGCAGCGGUACCUGGUGUACGCCGUGCUUUGGUCGUUUUCGGGGGACGGGCGACUCAAGAUGCGCUCGGAGCUGGGCGAGUACAUCCGGCGCGUCACCACCAUCCCGCUGCCCACCGCGCCCAGCCUGCCCAUCAUCGACUUCGAGGUGUCCAUCACGGGCGAGUGGGUGCCCUGGCAGGCCAAGGUCCCCCAGAUCGAGGUGGAAACGCACAAGGUGGCCGCCCCCGACGUAGUGGUGCCCACGCUGGACACGGUGCGCCACGAGGCGCUGCUCUACACGUGGCUGGCGGAGCACAAGCCGCUCGUGCUGUGCGGCCCGCCCGGCUCCGGCAAGACCAUGACGCUGUUCAGCGCGCUGCGGGCGCUGCCCGACAUGGAGGUGGUCGGCCUGAACUUCUCGAGUGCCACCACCCCGGAGCUGCUGCUCAAGACGUUCGACCACUACUGCGAGUACCGGCGCACGCCCAACGGCGUCGUGCUGGCGCCCGUGCAGCUCAGCAAGUGGCUGGUGCUCUUCUGCGACGAGAUCAACCUGCCGGACAUGGACAAGUACGGCACGCAGCGCGUCAUCUCCUUCAUCCGCCAGAUGGUGGAGCACGGCGGAUUCUACCGCACGGCCGACCAGACGUGGGUUCGUCUGGAGCGGAUCCAGUUUGUGGGGGCCUGCAACCCGCCCACGGACCCCGGCCGCAAGCCGCUCUCACACAGAUUCAUGCGCCACGUCCCCGUCGUGUACGUGGACUACCCGGGCCCCGCGUCGCUCACGCAGAUCUACAGCACCUUCAACCGCGCGCUGCUGCGCCUCAUCCCCACGCUGCGCACCUACGCCGAGCCACUCACCGCCGCCAUGGUGGAGUUCUACACCAUGUCGCAGGAGCACUUCACGCAGGACAUGCAGCCGCACUACAUCUACUCGCCGCGUGAGAUGACGCGCUGGGUGCGCGGCAUUCUGGAAGCCGUGCGGCCGCUCGAGAGCCUGCCCGUCGAGGGCCUCGUGCGCAUGUGGGCCCAUGAGGCGCUCCGCCUCUUCCAGGACCGGCUGGUGGAUGAAGAGGAGCGGAGAUGGACAGACGAGAACAUCAACAUGGUCGCCCUCAAGCACUUCCCCAACAUCGACCGCCACAAGGCCCUGGCCCGACCAAUCCUCUUCAGCAACUGGCUGUCCAAGGACUACGUGCCGGUGGAGCAGGAGGAGUUGCGUGAGUACGUCAAGGCGCGCCUCAAGAUCUUCUACGAGGAGGAGCUCGACGUGCCGCUCGUUCUCUUCAACGAGGUGCUCGACCAUGUGCUCCGCAUCGACAGGAUCUUCCGGCAGCCCCAGGGCCACCUGCUGCUGAUCGGGGUGAGCGGCGCGGGGAAGACGACGCUGUCCCGCUUCGUGGCGUGGAUGAACGGCCUCAGCGUUUACCAGAUCAAGGUGCACCGCAAGUACACGGGCGAGGACUUCGAUGAAGACCUGCGCACCGUGCUGCGCCGCGCCGGCUAAAACGAGAAGAUUGCCUUCAUCAUGGACGAGUCCAAUGUGCUGGACUCGGGCUUCCUGGAGCGCAUGAACACGCUGCUCGCCAACGGAGAGGUGCCGGGACUGUUCGAGGGCGACGAGUACGCGGCGCUCAUGACCGGCUGCAAGGAGGGCUCGCAGAAGGAGGGCCUCAUGCUGGACUCGCACGAGGAGCUGUACCGCUGGUUCACCAGCCAGGUGAUGCGCAACCUACACGUGGUGUUCACCAUGAACCCGUCCUCCGAGGGCCUUAAAGACCGCGCCGCCACCUCCCCCGCGCUCUUCAACAGGUGCGUUCUCAACUGGUUCGGAGACUGGUCGACGGAGGCGCUCUACCAGGUGGGCAAGGAGUUCACGGGGAAGAUGGACCUGGAGAAGCCGAGCUACAUCGCCCCCGACUCGGUGCCGGCCGCGUACGACCGCCUGCCCCAGCCACCCUCGCACCGCGAGGCCAUCGUCAACGCCUGCGUCUUCGUGCACCUCACCCUGCACCAGGCGAACGCGCGGCUGGCCAAGCGCGGGGGCCGCACGGUGGCGAUCACACCCCGCCACUACCUCGACUUCAUCGGCCACUACGCGGAGCUGUUCGGGGAGAAGCGCAGCGAGCUGGAGGAGCAGCAGAUGCACCUCAACGUGGGCCUCCGCAAGAUCAAGGAGACCGUAGACCAGGUGGAGGAGCUCAGGAAGGAUCUGUCCAUCAAGUCCCAGGAGCUCGAGGCCAAGAAUGCGGCCGCCAACGACAAACUCAAGAAGAUGGUGAUCGGCCAGCAGGAGGCUGAGAAGAAGAAGGUGAUGAGCCAGGAGAUCCAGGAGUCGCUGCUGCGGCAGAACGAGGUGAUCGCCGAGAAGCAGAAGAGCGUCUGUGAGGACCUGGAGCAGGUGGAGCCGGCUGUCAUCGAAGCCCAGAACGCGGUGAAGUCCAUCAAGAAGCAGCACCUGGUGGAGGUGCGGUCCAUGGCCAACCCUCCGGCCGCGGUGAAGAUGGCGCUCGAGUCGAUCUGCCUCCUUCUCGGGGAGAACACGACGGACUGGAAGCAAAUUCGCUCCAUCAUCAUCCGCGACAACUUCAUCCCCACCAUCGUCAACUUCUCCGCCGACGAGAUCAGCGACACGAUCCGGGAGAAAAUGAAGAAGGGCUACCUCUCCAACCCCAACUUCAACUACGACACGGUGAACCGCGCCUCGCUCGCCUGCGGGCCCAUGGUCAAGUGGGCCACGGCGCAGCUGAACUACGCGGACAUGCUGAAGCGCGUCGAGCCGCUGCGCAACGAGCUCCGGAAGCUGGAGUGCGACGCCAAGGACAACCAGGCGCGCGCCGACGAGGUGGAGCACAUGAUCAGCGAGCUGGAGGCCAGCAUCGCGCGCUACAAGGAGGAGUACGCGCUGCUCAUCUCGCAGGCCCAGGCCAUCAAGGCCGACCUGGCGGCCGUGGAGGCCAAGGUGAGCCGCAGCACGGCGCUGCUGCGCAGCCUCGCCGCCGAGCAGGAGCGCUGGGAGCAGACGAGCCAGACCUUCCGCACGCAGAUGUCCACCAUCACGGGCGACUGCCUCCUGUCGUCCGCCUUCAUGGCCUACGCCGGCUACUUCGACCAGCAGAUGCGCCACAACCUGUUCAGCACCUGGGCGCAGCACCUGCAGCAGGCGAACAUCCAGUUCCGCACAGACAUCGCGCGCACGGAGUACCUGUCGAAUGCGGACGAGCGGCUGCGCUGGCAGGCGCACUCCCUCCCGGCGGACGAGCUGUGCACGGAGAACGCCAUCAUGCUCAAGCGCUACAACCGGUACCCGCUCAUCAUCGACCCGUCGGGCCAGGCGACGGAGUUCAUCAUGAACGAGUACAAGGAGCGCAAGAUCACGCGCACCAGCUUCCUGGACGACGCCUUCCGCAAGAACCUGGAGAGCGCCCUGCGCUUCGGAAACCCGCUGCUCGUGCAGGACGUGGAGAGCUACGACCCCAUCCUGAACCCGGUGCUGAACCGGGAGGUGCGGCGCACGGGCGGCCGCGUGCUCAUCACGCUGGGCGACCAGGACAUCGACCUGUCGCCCUCCUUCGUCAUCUUCCUCUCCACGCGGGACCCCACGGCCGAGUUCCCCCCGGACCUGUGCUCGCGCGUCACCUUCGUCAACUUCACGGUGACGAGGAGCAGCCUGCAGAGCCAGUGCCUCAACGAGGUGCUCAAGGCGGAGCGGCCCGACGUGGACGAGAAGCGCUCCGACCUCCUCAAGCUCCAGGGCGAGUUCCAGCUGCGCCUGCGUCAGCUAGAGAAGUCGCUGCUGCAGGCGCUGAACGAGGUGAAGGGCCGCAUCUUGGACGACGACACCAUCAUCACGACGCUGGAGAACCUGAAGCGCGAGGCGGCCGAGGUGACGCGCAAGGUGGAGGAGACGGACGUGGUGAUGGCCGAGGUGGACGCCGUUUCUCAGCAAUACCUCACCCUCUCCACGGCCUGCAGCUCCAUCUACUUCACCAUGGAGGCCCUCAGCCAGAUCCACUUCCUAUACCAGUACUCGCUGCAGUUCUUCCUGGAGGUGUACCACGCCGUGCUCUACGACAACCCACACUUGGAGAAGGUGUCGGACCACGGCAUGCGCCUCGCCACGCUCACACGUGACCUCUUCCAGGCCGUGUUCAACCGCGUUGGCCGGGGGAUGCUGCACCAGGACCACGUGACGUUCGCCACGCUGCUCGCUCGCAUCCGCCUCAAGGGCAUGCCCAGCGAGCCGUCGUACGACGCCGAGUUCCAGCACUUCCUGCGGGGCAAAGAGGCCGUCGUGGCUCUCGGAGGAGUGGGCCAGGCCGCCGUGAGCGGCCUGGCCCUCGCCAAGGUGCCAGGCCUCACGUCGGAUCAGGCCGAGGCCACCGCUCGCCUGGCCCGGCUGCCGGCAUUCCGGGACGUCGUCGCGCGCACGCAGGCCAACAAGGAUUUCCAGAGGUGGCUGGAGAGUGGCUCCCCAGAGCUGUGCGUGCCGCCCCUGUGGAGCGAGGAGAAGCCACUGACCCCCGUGGGGGUGGCGUUGAUGCGCCUGCUGAGCGUGCAGGCGCUGCGCCCCGACCGGCUGCUGGCGGCGGCCCACGCCCUCGUGUCGUGCGUUCUGGCCGACGGCUUCAUGAGCGGCCUCGACCAGGAGAUGGACCUGGCGGCCAUCGUCGACAACGAGGUUCGCCCCGGGACGCCCGUGCUCAUGUGCUCCGUGCCUGGGUACGACGCCAGCGGCAGGGUGGAGGACCUGGCCACGGAGCAGAACAAGUUCCUCACCGCCAUCGCCAUUGGCUCGGCCGAGGGCUUCAGCCAGGCCGAGAAGGCGAUCAACUCCGCGGUGAAGUCCGGCCGGUGGGUGAUGCUGAAGAACGCUCACCUCGCUCCGGGCUGGCUCAUGCAGCUGGAGAAGAAGCUGCACUCCCUGCAGCCGCACACCGGCUUCAGGCUCUUCCUCACCAUGGAGAUCAACCCCAAGGUGCCCGUGAACCUGCUCCGCGCCGGGCGGAUCUUCGUGUUCGAGCCUCCGCCGGGCGUCAAGGCCAACAUGAUGCGCACGUUCAGCAGCAUCCCCGCGGCGCGCAUGUGCAGGGCCCCGAGCGAGCGGGCCCGCCUGUACUUCCUGAUCGCGUGGUUCCACGCCGUGGUGCAGGAGCGCCUGCGCUAUGUGCCGCUCGGCUGGGCCAAGCGCUACGAGUUCAGCGAGUCGGACCUCCGCUCCGCGUACGACACCGUCGACACCUGGCUCGACGACGCCACCAAGGGCCGUCAGAACAUCUCUCCGGAGAAGGUGCCGUGGGCGGCACUCAAGACCCUCAUGUCGCAGUCCAUCUACGGCGGCCGCAUCGACAACGAGUUCGACCAGCGGCUGCUCAACACCUUCCUCGAGCGAAUCUUCACUCCGGCCAGCUUCGACCGCAACUUCCGCCUCGUCCAAGGCGCCAGCGACGGCUCCACGCGCGACAUCCUCAUGCCGGACGGCAUCCGGAGGGAGGAGUUUGUGCAGUGGGUGGAGACGCUGCCGGACACGCAGGUGCCCUCGUGGCUCGGACUCCCCGACAACGCCGAGAUCGUUCUGCUCACCACGCAGGGAGCCGCCAUGCUGAGCAAGCUGCUCAAGAUGCAGGCGCUGGAGGACGAGGAGGACGUGGCGGUGCGCGACGCCCAGCGCCUCGCCCGCCCGGGCCUCGGGGCCGCGGCGCCCGGCGGCCGCGCGGGCGGCGAGGAGGAGGAGGAGGACCGGGAGGAGGGUCGGGGGUCGGCCUCCGCGGGGCCCGGCGCGGACGGCCGCCCCGCGUGGAUGCGCUCGCUGCACUCCACGGCGAGCGGCUGGCUCGAGCUGGUGCCCAGCAGCCUGGCUCACCUCAAACGCACCGUCGACAACAUCAAGGACCCGCUGUUCCGUUUCUUCGAGCGGGAGAUCAAGGUGGGCUCCACGCUGCUGCACGACGUGCGCUCGGACCUGGGCGACGUCGUGGCCGUGUGCGAGGGCCGCCGCAAGCAGACCAACUACCUGCGCAACAUCAUCAGCCAGCUCGCCAAGGGCAUCCUGCCGCGCAGCUGGGCGCGCUACACCACGCCGGGCAGCAUGACUGUCAUGCAGUGGGUGGCCGACUUCAGUGAGCGCAUCCAGCAGCUGCAGAGAAUCUCCCACGCGGCCUCGCAGGGCGGCGCCAAGGAGUUGAAGAGCCUGCACGUGUGGCUGGGGGGGCUGUUUGUGCCGGAGGCGUACAUCACGGCGACGCGGCAGUACGUGGCGCAGGCCAACAGCUGGUCCCUGGAGGAGCUGAGCCUGCAGGUGACGGUGAGCGGAGCCAGCGGAGGAGCCCAGGGGCUGGACGCGUGCAGCUUCGGAGUGACGGGCCUGAAGCUACAGGGCGCCACGUGCUCUGACAACAAGCUGUCUCUGUCGCACACCAUCUCCACCGAGCUGCCCCUCACUGCACUGCACUGGGCCAAGCUCACGGAUGUGGAGAAACUGACGACCACGGUGACGCUGCCCGUGUACCUGAACUUCACACGCGCCGACCUCAUCUUCACGGUGGACCUCAAGAUCUCGGGGCACGAGGACGCGCGGCGAUUCUACGAGCGCGGAGUCGCCCUGCUGUGCGCCGAGUGACGGGCCGGAGAUCGCGUCGUGCCCACACACACACACGCGUGUACACACACACGCGUGUGCACACAAGCGCACACGCGAGUACACACACGUGCACACAACCGCGCCCGCGAGCACACACGCACACACGUACGCAGGGACAGAGAGGCUCGCACACAAACCUACGGACGCACACACAGAGCAGACGCACGCACGCACAGAGCAGAUGCACGCACGCACACACAGAGCGGACGCACGCACACACAGGUGCAUCUGUGUAGAAAGUCACACCGCCUGCAGCGGCAUGCACCUGCGAUGCUCCGACACGCGCACCACGGGACACGCAUGGGCCUAACCGCGUGAGCAGGAACGGAACGUAGGCGCACGAACCCACCUGUACAGACGUAUCACGCAGGGGUACCUGCACAGGUGUAACAUGCAAAGGUGUAUCUGCACAGGUGUGCCUGCAUGCAUGGACAUCUCCCUGUCCAGACGCACUUCUCAGGCCAACCUUGUGUCUGCACACAGCCGCAGACAACGACUACAAACUCCCGGCACGGGGGACCCCGAGUGGUUUGACUCCCGACAAGUUAUUUAUGUAUUUAUAUUUAUUUGCACGUAUUUUAUUUCGUAGCGAUUGCUUUACUAGCCUAUUUAUUAACUCGGCCUCGGCGAUGCUGGGAUUUUUCUCCUCGUAAUGUGAACGCCGAGUCGGUAGAUUUUAAACGAAGGCGAAGGGUGUCCAAAAUAAAGAGAACCUUCGGAGUAAUUUCCAUUUCAAUUGCGAUGAAGGUAACGUGCUAAAUGUUUCACGUGACCGGAGACACGUUUUUUUUUGCUAUAUUGUAAACACUUAUACUCCAUAUGCGUUGCUUAGGAGGGUGCCUUUAGCCUGGCUCCAUGAGACGCAGGCAUUGGCAACUGCAUGUUAAGCAUCGUAGCAGUUGCCAAGAGGAACUAUUGAGACCGCAGGGACCGUGAGAAUGACGAGAGGUCGCAUGGCUCGCGUGCUGAUGCUCGGGUCCCCGCGAGUCAGACAAAGGCACUGCGAGGGUUAUUUAAGUCAAGGUUAGGUGUCGACUCGAAUCAGAAUCUUUAUUAUGUAUCCUGGAGAAAUCCGAUGGGCCAUGAAGCUCCCUUCCACAGAUUAAUCAGCACUGGGGGGGGGGGGGGGGGGGGGGGGGCAGCCCCGAAGCAUUGGUGGGGAUUUCACCAUCAUCCACCAGUGGUCCGACAUCGGAGACCGAUUUUAUCUACCCCAGAGAUGAUGGGGUGGGGGGGGGGGGAAGCUGAGAUGACACGUGACCGGGAUUUGAGUUAUAACCACAGCGCCGCACGGAUUGCUUCGACAGAACCCCUCAGCAGUACAGCGACAACUUCAAAACGCCCAACAGUAUCACUGCUUGAUGUAUCGCUCAUGGCAAUUCACGCGUUCUGCUCGUAAUCACUGCGUCAUCCUGUCAACGUGAUGUUUGAAAAUCCUCUGCUUUGUUCGGUGCGCGUUCCGUGAAAACAAGUUCAAUACCCCCACAAGCUCAGGCGAGCUUGCGGUGACACUCCGUUGCCAGCUCUGAGCCAGUGGUGUAAAUUCCACGUUCCUAUGGCAGGAGCUUCCCAUUCCUUAAAAUGACCACUGUUUACUUCCCAGUAAGUGGUACACAUGUAAUCAACCCCAGAGGAAUGACGAUGAAGAUGAUGAUGGGCCGAGUGAGCCCUGGACUGGGAAUUGUGACCUUGAGCUUGAGUCAAGUGCUUUGACCACAGGAGCCACGGGGUGCUGAGUGUAGUGAUGGGUAGUGAGUAGUCAGGCGGUCGGUGGGUUGUGCGUUUAGGCAGACUGGGCUUAUCGAUGUUGUCAUUGUUGUUGUUGUUUACAAAGCCGCUGUGUUUAGACUCCCGUGACGAUUAAAGUUACCCACGCCAGGCUUUUGAGAAUAGGGUCCUCAAGUGCAGCAGACUUCUGCUGCGGCGCGUGUCAGAACAAGAGCCAGGGUCAGUAUCCCCAUGGUCGGUAGAGAUGUGGAACUGGAUUCCACAUUCACGUGGCAGGGCCCAGUGUUUCCUUAAGACAACGGCAAUCGGUGUGGACUUUCCCAGCACCGAGUGGUACAGCCUCAUGAGAUGAUUACUUUACGGACCAGAGGGUCGAUGAUGACUUUGUGAUGAAGCGUUAACGACUGUGGCUAUUUAUCGAUAGUGGUAAAGAAUUGACUCCGACGGGAGUGAUUUGAAGGGGUCUAUUGGCGCAACGCAAUACGUUGAGAUUUGGCGUCAAAGCACUCCACAAAGUGUAGGGGAAGUGCUUUUGAGCAAAUGUGAACAAAUGUUUUAUGGUGGUUUUAUUUCCGUGUUGGGAGUGACUUGAGAGUAUAAAGGCGCAAGGAAAGGCAUUAAAUCCAUUUUGGUCAAGGUGAAAUCGAAAGCAAUAGCCAAGUUAUUAUGAUGGUGGCAGUGGUGUGAUGAUGAUUGCGGGUUUGAUGGACGAUGAUUUGACAAUGUCGGUGCCGAUUUGAGGAUGGCUGUCGUGGUGGUGAUGAUGACACGGAGUGAAACGCUCAGGAAUGGAACGCGCUGUGCUGAGGUUCUCUCAUUAAAAGUCUGGCAAAAUC